AUGUUUUUUCGUGCACCGCCCCCUCGCGGCGCCCCGGUGUCACAGCAGAGCGGAAGUCCGUCGGAGCCUCGGUGCGUCGGCUCCCCGCCUCCGUCGCUUCCUGUCCGGGUCCGUGGAAGCACCGCGGCCCCGCAGCUCCGGCUCACGCAGCGGGACGUCCUGGAAGAGCCGGCGGAGGCCCGCGGAGGAGGCCAGCAGCGCGGGGUCGACGCGAGCAUCGCGCCGGCAGCAUGUGACACGAGCCGGGGGAGAGCCGUGAGCGAGGCCGGCGGAGUGAUGUUGGUCCGGAGCUCGAGCGCCCGUGGCCGAGCCCGAGUGACCCAUGCGGUGGUGGUGGUCUUCCUGGAGUUCUUCGCCUGGGGGCUGCUGACCACGCCCAUGCUGACUGUUCUCCAUGAGACGUUCCCUCAGCACAUGUUCCUCAUGAAUGGACUGGUUCAAGGAGUCAAGGGCUUCCUGUCCUUCCUCUCGGCUCCUCUGAUUGGUGCUCUGUCGGACGUCUGGGGCAGGAAGUCCCUCCUCCUGCUCACCGUCUUCUUCACCUGCGCUCCCAUUCCCUUCAUGAGGAUCAACCCCUGGUGA